AUUUUAGAAUUAUCUUAGAGUCUGUAGGUCGUAACUGCAUCGGCCGCCAUUUGCGAUUUUUCUGUUUUGAGGCCUGGAUGCCAAGCCGUCCUACAACAGGAAGCCCAAUCAGUCAUUUACGAGAUUUUCACUUAAUUAUUUGACGGCUUUGCUGCUUUGGUUUGAAUAAGACAAUCAGCUAGAAAAUUGAAUUUCUAGGAGUUUCUAUUUCUGGCUAUUAUUGUAUUUUUAGGUAAGGAAACUUGGAAAUCGCGCAAAGUCGCCCCAGUCUCUUCAGCUAGUUCACGUGGUUCGUUUUCAAGAUGGCGGACGAGGAGGAAAGUUUUUGUACCGGAGUUGUUUCUCUUUGUUUUUAACCUCAAGACCAUCCUCGACGAAACAUUAAAAUGACUGGAAUUAAAGAUGAUAUCAUCCUACGAAGGCUUGAGAAGUUUAAAGAGGAAGGGCCAAAAAAGUGGCACAAAAUUUACACAAUUCUGGCUGAGAUUAUCAAUGAAAAUGUUCAGAAGAAAAGAUGGAUUUUACUGGACCAAUUACAUGUUGAAGUGUCAAGUUUAAGCAAAGAAAAUACACAAGAAAAUGCUACAAAAUGCAUUCAGGAGUUUGUAGAGUUGAUGUUUCAGUUCUACUUCACUCACAUUAUGUGUGCAAGGACAAAUCAAAGAGUUGCUAAAGUUGUUCAAGUCUUGUAUUAUGAUCAUAAUAAGUUUUUGAAGUCAACACUCUCCAARCAAAUCGAUGUAAUUUUAGAUGUGGAAUCCAAUAAAGAGUCAGUGCUACAGAAAAUAUUCAUUCUUGUUGACAGCUGGACUCUUGGAAGAAGUUGUAUAGAAGAUCAACUAGAAACAAAAUGGCUUCAAUUAAUGGCUGGUUGGUCUAGUAAAAUGCUGACAAAGGUAGAGGAGUCACAACGCACCAAUGUUUUCAACUUCCAAGACAGUCUUCUGCUUGUUAUUAAGAUUUCACUCCAGAUGUUUCAGCAUUUCCCUGUAAAGUUACAGAUGAUUACACAAGAGCACAAUCCAAGUGCUGAUCAAACUAGGCAAAACAUGAAGACCAUAGUAUCAUUGAUAAUAGCAGUCUUGUUUUCAAAGCAUUUGCCCAAAGAGUGCUUGCUGUURUCUGGGACAUGUUUAAGUCUUUUUCUUAACAUUGAAACCAAUAAAAGUCAAAUCAUCUAUGUUAUUUCCCAGCUUCUUCAGUGUACAGGUAUGGAGUCCAUAUCAAGURCUGUCCAAGCAGAGACCGUGAGARCUGCMAUCAGUGGUGUUGACGUAAUCUUACCAUCUCCCAGUAGACAGCCAACAACUUUGAUUGCACUUCUACAAGGAUUCAUCUCAUCAAGUAGAAAGGAUGUCAUCUUACAUCACAAUUUAGAGGGGAGAUCAUUUCUAACAACUGUUCUCUUUGCUACAAUUUGUCAACUUUGUAAGACUGAAGGCUCACCAAUCGUGCAUUAUCUCUCAUAUGAAGUUGCAAAGAGCUGGAUGCAACGUGUUAAAAGUCUUCUAAGUGAUAUUCACCAAAUUGGCAAUUCAAUGCUAUUUAGUAUAGAAUCCUUUCAUACAAAUAAUGURCUGGACUUGGUUUGGGACAGUAUGGAAGAUCCGGUUGACGGUGUUUCUACAUCUGGAAGGACCAUCUUUGGUCAUCUUUUGGAAGYACAUCAAGAAGAAGAGCUCAUCAUUCAAGACAAGAAGACAAUGAGUGACACAUUCUAUGGCUCUCUUCUCAAUAAAUUGCUCGCGAUACCAUGGCAAGUAAAGGUUAAAUAUGGUCUGCUUUGUGAAAUUCUACCUUACAUUGAAAUGACAGAGAUAUUGGACAAGAACCACGGCCUACUCCAAGAAAUGGCUGAGUGUUUGAAAUCCAAUCAGUUGUCGUCUGCCUGUACAGAGGUCUUCAAAGCAUUUUUACUCAAAUCCAGACAAGGACAACAUGAUUCAUUUCAGAAUAAUUGGAUUGCAGUACUUCUCAAGUCGUUAACAAGCGAGAAUCGAUUACUAGCUCAACAUACCCGUCAAUACUGGCUUCCAUGCGCGCUUAAAUGUGUACCUCAUGUCCUCGAUACUCUGUUGAAUCAACUAUCUGGUAACCAUAACAAUAGUUGCCAUGUCAACCAGAUGCUUUCUGCCAAGCUUGCUAUUAUUAAAGUUGCACGUUCUUUGGGUAUAUUGGAUUCGACGCAGUUGGAUGAAGUCGUCCUAAGGCAAGCAUUACAACACCAAGAGGACACUUUACGUCUAGAGGCUCUAGGUGUACUUUGCUGUGACGUUAAGACAUCAAGUAAUUUAUUUAGUUUGAAAAAGAGUUACCCUAAGAUUUUUAAAAAGCCCGAAGUUCAAGAAUGGGAUGCUCGUCUGCUGACUAUUUCGUCAGACAUCCAGCURUCCCUAGAGUUUGUUAACUGGGUUUUUAUGCUGAUGUGUAAUUCUCUUUUGCCUGGAGCUAAUUAUCAGAGACAAAAAACAGCUGUUGAKUUUAUUUCUCUUAUAUUUGAAACGUUUUCCGUCAGUGACAAUCCUGACAAGAGAAAGGGGCAGGCUCCCGAAUCUUGUAGAAUCCUUAUGAAGCUGGCAGAGCAAAAGCGAUUGUGGGACUUUUAUUCUUCAAGGACUGUUCAUAUAUUAUUAGGAUGUCUUCAAAGCUCUCAUUCAGAUAUUCGUGAGCUGGCUCGUGAUAUUCUACGUAAAAAGUUUCCCACGCCAUUCAAAGCUCGAGAUGAGACGAUUAGUGAUACAGAAUUUGCCGUCGAGCUGAUGAAAGAAGCGAGGGCGUUGAUUUGCAGUGCAAAAGCACAGGAGUGCGAAAGUGGAAGCAUUUUGUGUGAACUUCUGUUUGAAAGUUAUGCUGUUAAACUAAGAUGGCGUUUUAUUGAUAUCUUUGGAGAUGUUACCGUUGAACAUUUAAGCAAAAACAAUGCCUCAAAUGAUGACGGGGGUGUUAAGUURCUCAUCGAGCUGGUUGGAGAAGCUGAACGACAGUUUAAAGUUGCAAAGAAAGAUUUGAGCGUAGCAGCUGAAGAGUGUCCCAUCCAUGGUAUUCUUCUAACUCUUUGUCGAUGCAUCAUAUCGUAUCUUGAUGUAACUAGCGAUUCAAUACCUGAGUUUGGUUCAGUUAUCCAGAAAACUGUCAGCAUUGUUUUAGAUGUGGUUGACUAUCUACUUGGCGUGCUCUCGAAAAAACAGGACUCAAAAAGUGUUGUAUGUGGGGCGUCGUUCGCUGGACUAGGGGAAGCCGUCAGUGAUGCKAUAUCCACGAGUUGUACAGACGCAGACAUCGCAACGAGUCAGCAYCAUAUGAAGGAAUUCAUAAUGUCAUGUUGUUUCCUAACCAUCAAGUUUGGUUGCCAUCUCCUGUCAAGUAUUUUCGAAAAGUCUCUUUUGACUGAGCGUGCUCCUUGUGGAUCACUGCUGUCCAACGAAACACUAACAUCAAUAGGGGAAAUGUUUAUAAAGAUUUUUACACAAUGCAGGCUUACGGGUAUAUUACUAAGUUGCAAACUAAGCAUGAUGGCUGUCUGUCGCUGUCUUAGUGGGUCUGACGUAGAUUGUUUAUUCUCGUUACCAAGGCGAUGGAUACAAAAUGUYAUCGAUUCUAUAUCUGGUGACGGCGCAGCUUCCUCGGUUACCAGACGAAGUGCCGGACUGCCUGUAUUGAUGGCUAACAUUCUGGCUAGCGAGAUGCCCAGUAAAAGAUCGCUGACCGCUAAGUAUUGCUUUGAUGAAUUACUAAAAAUAGCAUUCCAACCUAUUCCCGAUGUCAUCGACCAGACGACGGAUCUACCACAGGUUCAUGCGAUGAAUAUCCUUCGUUCAUUAUAUCAAGACACGGCCCUUGGUAACGACGUCCUUCAGUUUACCGAACAAGGGUUCAUUUUAGCUGUUGACGGGUUUGCUUCUCCUUUAUGGUCGAUUAGAAACGCUGCUACUCAACUAUUUGGCUCGUUGGUUUUACGGACACUCGGUCAUAAACGUGGUUUCCAGGACGAAAARCAAGUCAACGCCAUCAGUGCUAGGGAUUUCUUCAAGAGAUUUUCAUCUCUUCGGGAAUUCUUCCUGAAACAGCUCCAGUCGUUUUCGACAAAACACCAAGAGAAGUCCUUUCUAAGACCGGAAUUAUUUCCAGUUUUAACACUUUUGUCAAAAUUACGGCCGGCCGCAUGUGACGUGGAAGAAAACUUACUUGCUGAUUUUGUGCCUGUUUUGACUCCACUCUCUGCCAACCCAGUCUACGCUGUACGUGCUUUGGCUGCCCAGGCUCUGGUACCGUUUAUUCCCGUGGAAAAAGUCUUCUGUAAAGCAGCUGAGAUACUACGUUCUAUACCUUUAUCUCUUCGUGACAUUUCACAGAACAGAAUACAUGGAACACUUCUACAGGUCCAUCGUCUUGUCGAUUCUCUUGCCAAUCCUCGAGUUACUGAGCAGGCUUUACAGAUUAUAACAGAAUUGUGUAGCAGGUCCUGGCUUGGGACCAGUAAUAACGCAUGRGCAGUAACCAGAGCUGAGUACUUGACAUUGGUUUUGGAUGUAUAUUCGCUGAUUGGUAGCAAAGGUGAUAGUCUCGUGUCUCUUUCUACGUGCCUUAACGCUGACCCAGUUGAGGGAAGUGGCAUAAUAGUUGGGCUGCCAUGUCUUCAACGUGCCGUACUUCGUGUCAAUAUGGACAUCGUAAAAAGGGAUUCUUCAUCUGAAGGGUUUAUUGAUGCAAAGCGUCACGUCGCCAUCAUGGAGAAGAGUCUUUUUAGCGUGGAACGAGAAACAAGAAUUGCAGCACUAGAAUGUCUUAACGAACURUCCGAAAAUAAUCACGUGAUCAUCCUUGAACUUGACGAAUCUUUGACGUCACUAAUUUCCAUGGAAACAGACCAACGCUGUUUGCUGUUAGCCUUGGAAUAUUUUAUCAACGUAAAGCGACAAUCUGAUCAAAUUACAAUAAAAGACUGGGACUUAUUAUGGGAAAAGUUACUUUCGUACACCCAGGGAUCACGUGGAUCYACUGUCCAAUCAAAAGCAAUUGUCGUCCUUAGUAUUUUACUAAGGUGUCGUUUGCGUCAAUCAAGUGACAUUCAACAGUCUGUUUCUGUGGCAACUGACUGGUSUUAUAGUAUCAGUGAAUGCAGUUUACCGAACAAACCUGAACCAGUUCGAAYUGGAGCAGCGUUAGGAAUCGGGAUAGCUGGAGCUGAAUAUCUCUUUUGGGUCGAAAAAUAUCGAGAUUGCUCAUCGUUUAAGAGCUCUAUAAUGGAGGCUGUUGUAAGAAUUUUCCAAACCGGUUUGAUGUUACUGGAAGACGAACAAGAUGACGUCAGAAUCGAAGCCUCUAAUUUUGGCGCCAAAAUCCAUAAUCACCGCGAUGAACACUUUGAUUUUAAGAYUGUCYCGUGCUCCGUUUCCAUGGAGUCAAUCUUUAAGUACAUGUCGCAAAAUUUCUUUUGGUCGUCAGAAGUUUGGUCUGUAAUGUUGGUACUAAUUCGAGGGCGUCACUCUGUACCAGACCUCCUUUCUGAUUAUGCUAAGUCACGGCGGAUUCUGUUUGAACAAGAAGACUGUAACCUGUAUGCCGAACCUUUCGUUACUAUCCAGCUUGGCUGCAAGUACUUAAAGGAAAUGAUCGAUAUUGCUUUCUCUGAAAAGAAUGAAACAACUACUUCAAAUCUUAGAGUUUGGUCUCGGAUAAUGCUGGAAACCGAAUAUAACAAAUUAAAAAGUGACCUUUAUAUCCUUAGAAAUGAAGGUAGUGAUCAAGAUGGCGGAUCACUUCAGAAUCCUAAGUUAUUCACGCUUCGGUAUCGCCUCGUUGUGAUGUCUGACGUCAUGAAAUACCUCAGCUCCUCGCUUGGUAACCCUGUGUUCUUCGACAAAGAAGAUUUAUCAGGACAAAUAAGGGAUGUUUUAUUACAAGUGAAUAAGACGUCUGUAGGAUGUCAUCCCAUUCUGUACGAAUUACACACAAAGGACGACUCCCAUUGACUAUAGUGAGUUAGUUGCUUAGUUAGUUAGUCCGUUUAUAAUACGUAUAUUAACAGAAGUGAAUAUAUAGUUCUAAUAUUAAAUGAAAUGUUUUCUGA